GUACAGUCAUCCCUCUGGUCUGGCGACCGUGGAGAGGCGGUGGAGCGGCUCCAUCCAUCCUACCCGGUCGUCGCCGGAGGCCAGGGGCUGGGCGAGACCUCCCUAAAGAAGCCGUGCCUGGAAGUUUCCGAAGCCGAGGCAGCCCUGCCUCCGGGGCAGCCGCCGCGCCGGAGCCCGGGACCCCCGCAGCCUGCCGCGCCACCCGCCCUCGCCGGCUCCGGCUCCCCUGGCCCAGGCGCCGCGCGGACCGGGCAGCUGUCUGCGUCUGCCCAGCCCCACGGUGGGAUAAAAAAAAAGUGAGGGUGUAAAAGCAACACAGUAAGAGACAUUUCCUGAAAUUUUCAUCAAGAUGGAAACCUUUUGCCUCAGGGCAUUCUUUUGGCUGGUACUGGCUGGAUGUGUAAUCAGUGAUAAUCCUGAGAGAUACAUCUCAAAUGUAAGCAACGAUGUGGAUGAUUUCACCACUUUCCGGGGGACAGAGCUCAGCUUCCUGGUUACCACUCAUCGACCCACUAAUUUGGCCCUACCCAGCAAUGGCUCGAUGCACAACUAUUGCCCACAGCAGACUAAGAUUACUUCUGCUUUCAAAUACAUUAACACUGUGAUAUCUUGUACUAUUUUCAUCGUGGGAAUGGUGGGGAAUGCAACUCUGCUCAGGAUCAUUUACCAGAACAAGUGUAUGAGGAAUGGCCCCAACGCGCUGAUAGCCAGCCUUGCUCUUGGAGACCUUAUCUAUGUGGUCAUUGAUCUCCCUAUCAAUGUAUUUAAGCUACUGGCUGGGCGCUGGCCUUUUGAUCAUAAUGACUUUGGCGUUUUUCUCUGCAAGCUGUUCCCCUUUUUGCAGAAGUCCUCAGUGGGGAUCACCGUCCUCAAUCUCUGCGCUCUUAGUGUCGACAGGUACAGAGCAGUUGCCUCCUGGAGUCGUGUUCAGGGCAUUGGGAUCCCCUUGGUCACUGCCAUUGAAAUUGUCUCCAUCUGGAUCCUGUCCUUCAUCCUGGCCAUCCCUGAGGCAAUCGGCUUUGUCAUGGUGCCUUUUGAAUACAGGGGGGAACAGCACAAAACCUGUAUGCUCAAUGCCACAUCAGAAUUCAUGAAGUUCUACCAACACGCAAAGGACUGGUGGCUGUUUGGAUUCUAUUUCUGCAUGCCCCUGGUGUGCACCGCAAUCUUCUACACCCUCAUGACCUGUGAGAUGUUAAACAGAAGGAACGGCAGCUUGAGAAUUGCCCUCAGUGAACAUCUUAAACAGCGUCGAGAAGUGGCAAAAACAGUUUUCUGCUUGGUUGUAAUUUUUGCUCUCUGCUGGUUCCCUCUUCAUUUAAGCCGUAUUUUGAAGAAAACCGUGUAUAAUGAGAUGGACAAGAACCGAUGCGAAUUACUUAGUUUCUUGCUGCUUAUGGAUUACAUCGGUAUUAACUUGGCAACCAUGAAUUCAUGUAUAAACCCAAUAGCUCUAUAUUUUGUGAGCAAGAAAUUUAAAAAUUGUUUCCAGUCAUGCCUCUGCUGCUGCUGUUACCAGUCCAAAAGUCUGAUGACCUCCGUCCCCAUGAACGGAACAAGCAUCCAGUGGAAAAACCACGACCAAAACAACCACAACACGGAGCGAAGCAGCCACAAGGACAGUAUCAACUGAGCCUGCAGGUGCGUGCACUGGUUCCUCUCGGCCCUGUGGGAGGAGGAGAUCACACAGCAGCUGCAUCUCCAGAAACCUCUUCUCCAAUCCUUCCUCCCCAACUCAGUAGAGAAGAAAUGCUUUUCCAAAACAGCAGAGGAUGGACUGGUUGAUACCCAGUCUGGAAAUCUUCCUUCUGUGAUUUAUCCAAUUUUCAUAUCCUGCAUGUCAUAUUCAGCAUUUUAAAAAAUGGUGGGAGCUGGAGGAGAAUGGAGACUGUUAGAUGCACCAAGGAGGAUAUUUACUACAUUUGCAUGAAAAUAGAGUUUUCAGAUACAUCCAGGACUGGCUUUCAUGGCAGUUCUGUCAAAGUUCAAUGAGAAUUGGUCACUACAGAACUUUAGAAAUGAUGACAAGAUUUUCCAUGUUUUAAGUGAUUUGUUUUUGGCCUAACACGAUAUGGGGUAAGCCAGUUUUAUUUGAAAUAUCAUUCAGUGCCAGUAUUUUUUAACUGCAUGAUAGCCUGAAAAUGAUGAUUUGAGCUUAUAUACACAUAUUUUGCGAAAAGAAAAAACAUUAUUCAGGUGUAUGUUUAAGUGACUUUCUCAUGUCACUUUUUUUUUUUUGAAGAAAGUAGUUUGAUCAAAACUUCUAUUUUUAAAACAUAAAUUCUAAAGCUGCAACAAAUAUUGUCCCUUAGAGCACAGGCUGGUGUCCACAUUUAACAGCCCUUACUGAAAGAAUUUUUAAGAUCUUGUAGUUUCUUUUUUAAUGGUGUUUUGUUACAGGAGAUCUCAAAUAUAUUUUUUGUUGUUGUUAAAUUGAAAAAUGACACUUGGAUCAAAUAGUUCUUUUUCAGAAGCUCAAUCUUUUUGUAAUGUAAGUUUUUGUGUAAAUUCAGUAGGAUGUACCAAAAUUUAAAGGAAUGUGUCACCUCACUAUGCCUGAGACUUUCCGUGCAAUAUACAAAAGUCUAAAGCAUAUCUAGGAGAAAAAGACUGAAUAUUCUUAGGUUUGGAAAUGUUCAUUGAGUUUUUUGUGAUUGUAACAUGUGUAUGUACAUACAUGUAUAUAUAUUAUACAUACCAUCUCUUAUUCUCUUAACUUUUCCUAAAAUCUUAGCUGGCAGUAAUACUUCUCCACAUAAGAAGCAUAAUUGCAAAGUGAUGAACUUUUCAUGUCUGUGAAAUAUAGUUACUCCAAAAUGUCAUCAUGAAUUCAUGGUUCUUCACUCCUCUGGGUAUUUGUUAUGGACCUAACUCCCCACCCCGCCCCUCACGUCUCACAUGGUCAUCAUUUCAAAAGGGCCUACAGUGAUUUUUGCUGGGCAUUUUCCUAGAUGUUUACAGACUGUGAGCACAGCAGAAAAUCCUUUACUGGUGUGUGUGUGUGAUGUGGAUGUGUGUAAAUAAUGGUAGAUUUCUUUUAGCCAAUUUUUCUGUGAUAGUCCCUGUUGAAUGUGUUUGUGUGUGUGCAGCCACACAUGAUGUCUUCUUUGCUGGUUUGUAUAGCUUUAAUCUAAUCUAAUAAUAAUGCCCUGUAGUUGUGCCGAAGCACAUACUCUGAGUGGAAUUCACAUGAUGGUUCAUCGUGACAACGCACCUCAGUUUCAACCAAUAAGAAGGUUCUGUAUUCAUAAAUCUGGAGACCAUGUUACUAUCACAAAUGGGAGGUGAGCAGCACCAUGAGAGGGGAUGAGCCAUGGUUGGUGGGUUUGAUAAAGCAUUAUUUGGAAUCGUAUUAGUUCCUGUGCUGGAGCAGAGGUCAUUACACUUUCAAGGAUUAUAUUGUCCUAAACCUCAACUUCAUGCGGUGAUGAAAUUGACAAGUUGGCAGAUGUGUCUGUCUGACUUCACCAGACAGAUUGCUGAUGAUGCAUUAGCUAAGCUCAUUUGCUGAGCCACAGUUGAGCCCAGUCACAGGUAAAAUAACGUCAGGUUCCAGUUGCUCGAAUCGCAGGGCUGAGAAAUACUGCUCCUUGGUGUGUUAGCAGUCAAGCCUUCUAUUCCACUGGUGCCUCAGAUGCAGUGAUACAUGCCUAUAAUAUAAGCCAUAGGUUCACACCAUUUUGUUUAGACAGUUGUCUUUUUGUUAAGAUGCUUUGUUUCUUUCAUAUUAAAAGUUUGCAUUUUAUAAAUUCAGAGAGUCAUAGAUUUCUGAAGGCUUCAGGUGCAUUUUGUUUAUGGACUGGUAAGUAACUGUGGCUUACAAGUAGGAAUAUUUCCAAAUCCUACAUUUACCGCAUCUUUCCAACAGGUAAUGUUGUAGAAAUGAGCCAGAAGCCACGGCCCUGAGAUGGCACUGGCCCAUAAGGAUAAAAUAAACGUUUACAGAAGCCUUG